AUGUCUAGAGCUUCUCAUAGCGGUUAUGAUAGGCAUAUUACUAUUUUUUCACCUGAGGGAAAGUUAUUUCAACUUGAAUAUGCCCUCAAGGCUGUCAAGAACUGUAACCUAACUGGCUUGGCCAUCAAGGACGAUUCUGCAAUUGCAGUUGUUGCCCAGAAAAAACUUCCUGCUCAACAAGGGAACCAGGAUGUUUUGCUGGACACCUCCUCUGUGACAAGCCUCUACCAUAUCACUGAUGAGAUAUUUGCUUUACUCGUUGGCUUACCAGGGGACUGCCUGAGUAUACUAUACAAGGCAAGGCAGGUGGCCUUGGACUAUUCCUAUAAGUAUGGAAUUAAUAUUCCAGCCAGCGUCCUGUGCCAGAAGAUCUCCGACCUUAACCAAGUUUAUACACAACACGCCUAUAUGAGACUACACGCCUGCACUGGCCUUAUUUUAUCAAUUGAGCCGGAUGUUGGCCCCAAGAUAUACAAGUUUGAUUCCUCAGGAUGGUUCGCAGGAUACAAGGCUUGCGGAAUAGGAGCUAAGGAGCAGGAGUCUGAAAACGCACUUGAGAAGACUUUGAAAAGGAGGGAAGCAAUGAGUCUCCAAGACGCAAUGAAAUCUAACCUCCACGUUAACACUGAGGUCCACCAGCUUUCUCAAGGACAGGAAACAAAAGUAACAAUCGAAGCACUCAGGUGUAUGAUUGACAUUGAUGCCUUCACCAAGGGCCUCGGCGCUUCUAGUAUUGAAGUCGCAGUUGCAUCGAAGGAUAACCCCUUCUUCAGACAACUUAGUGAGGAGGAAAUUGAGACCUAUCUCACCCACAUUACUGAAAGUGAUUAA